GAGGAAGGGCUGUUUCCGUACGUUCCCGAGUUGUCGAUCUCUUCCGAACACAUUGUGAACUACAAUCAGACGAUUUUGAAAGUUCGCCAAAUGAGAACGUUUCCAUCUGGUUUAGAGUCGACGUCGUUGCUGUUUGUCGCUGGACUCGAUUUAUUUUUCAACCGAGUGUCCCCUUCUGGUACCUUCGAUAUUCUGAAGGAAGACUUUGACCACUGGUUUAUCAGUUUCGUACUUUUGUCAUUGCUUUUGGCGUCGUUGUUGUCCAAGAGGUUAGCGAAGCAGAAGGAUCUGAAACAGUCAUGGAGAUAG